CACACACACAAGACUCUCGCUAGCUCCCAAGUCCCAACCAACCUCUAGCAGCUCCAUCCCCUCUCUCUCUCUUUCCCCGUGUCAAUCUGUGGUGUGGGAAGGAAGAUCGAUAUACUCCCUCCCCAUGUUCCUCUCGCUCCUGCGAUGAAGCCAAUGGCAACCAAUGGCAUGGCCCCCUCCUUCUUCGCCGCCAACUUCCUCCUCCAAAUGCAGCAGGAGCAGCAGGCGCACCACCAGCACCAGCACCAUGAGGGCCACGACCACCUCCUGGCUCCCCCUCCCCCGGCGCUCGUCAGCCCCUUCCUCCACGACUUCGGCGGCGCCAUGACCGCGCCGCCGCCUCCAAUGCUGGCCACCGGCAUUAAGCGCAUGUACCCUGACGGCAUGUGUGACGACGGCAGCGGCCACCUGCACGCGGAGCCCAAGCAGCACCAGCAGGACUGCGGCGGCGGCGCGUCGGACGACGAGGAGGGGUCCGCCGCGGCGGCGUGCGGCGAGCGGAAGCGGCGGCUGAGCGUGGAGCAGGUGCGCACGCUGGAGCGCAGCUUCGAGGUGGCCAACAAGCUGGAGCCGGAGCGCAAGGCGCAGCUGGCCCGCGCGCUGGGGCUGCAGCCCCGCCAGGUGGCCAUCUGGUUCCAGAACCGCCGCGCCCGGUGGAAGACCAAGCAGCUGGAGAAGGACUACGACGCGCUGCGCCGCCAGCUGGACGCCGCCCGCGCCGAGAACGACGCCCUCCUCUCCCACAACAAGAAGCUCCAGACAGAGAUCAUGGCGCUCAAGGGAGGCGGAGGAGGGAGGCAGGAGGCGGCGUCGGAGCUCAUCAACCUCAACGUCAAGGAGACGGAGGCGUCCUGCAGCAACCGCAGCAGCGACGAGAACAGCUCCGAGAUCAACCUCGACAUCUCCAGGCCGCCUCGGGCCGCCGACGAGAGCCCCGCCGCCAUGGACAGCUACCGCGGCAUCCCGUUCUACGCCUGCGCCCGCGCCGACGACGUCGACCAGCUCCAGCUCCUGCACAGCGGCGGCCACCCGUCCCCGGCGCCCAAGAUGGAGCCCGGCCACGGCGCCGCCGCUACUGCGGGCGGUGGCGGAGGCGGAGGCGGCACCUUUGGAAGCCUGCUGUGCGGUGCCGCCGCCGACGAGCAGCCUCCGUUCUGGCCGUGGGCCGACGGCCACCACGCCUUCCAGUGAACAAAUUAAUCCUUCAAUUCGUCUCGUACGGUGCACUACGCUGCCUGCUAUGACCUCGCAUCGGGCGACGCAGAUUUUGUUCCAUGGAUCCAACAGCACGUCGACCGACCGACAUGCCUCUCCGGCCGGUCAUUUCCUCUUGGCAUCGCAUCAAGCUAUGCGCCAGAUCGCGAGAUCGCCGCCGACGACGUACGUUGCCGAUGCGUUGUUGAUCAAAGAAGCAGCUGGGAUAUGUGAGGUGGUGAGACGAUCCAAUCAGGACGUACGGAGAUGAUGGAUAUGUCAGUCAAGGUAGAUUGAGGAGUUGAGCAGUAAGUCUCUCUCUGUCUUUUUCUAUUAUCUCCAUCCUUCUUGCCUUCUUCUUGGACAUCUGUUUAACUAUCUUCGUUCUCGAAUAUUUGUCGUUCUAGUUCAGUUUUGAACUAAAACACGACAAAUAAAAAAGAACGAAUGAAGUAUAUUAUAUAUAGGUGAUUACAUUUGUGAGGCA